CUAUGAUUUAGAGAUGUGUAUUUUUCCAGUCCUUGCGUUUUUGGGAAUUUUUCUUUGCGCGCCGCACCAGUGCUCGGAGUGUCCUUCUGGCUGUGAGUGUUUCGCUGUCACCCGCACAGUGAAAUGUGUUUCUAAGGCUCUGCUCUCGGUGCCACAAAACAUCCCGGGAUAUGCCAGGACUGUCAUCAUCACAGGGAAUAACAUACACCAGAUUGGACCCGGUUCGUUUACAGAGCUGGAGAAUGUCACUAACAUCAUUUUGAGCAAUAACAGGAUCACAGAGAUGGCUUCCCACACCUUCUCCGCACUGGUCAACCUCCGCUUCCUCGACCUCAGUGGCAACCAGCUGGCGCUCAUCCAUCCGGAGGCUCUUCACAUCCCCGGCAGCCCCCUCCAGGAGCUCAACCUGAGCCGCUCGCUGCACAACUUCACCGCCUUGACGGACCUGACCACAGCUCUGCGCUGGGGCGGCCUUGGGGGGCUCCUGCGCCUCGACCUAUCCGGGAACCACCUCGCCCUGCUGCCCCCUGGGAUGUUCUCCCACCUCCCCAACCUGCAGCAGCUCUUCCUCGCCAACAACUCUCUGGUGGCCGUCUACAGCGGGACCUUCUCCGGCAUGAACCACCUGGAGGUGCUGGACCUGACGCGCAAUGCCUUCGGGACGUUCAGGGCCGACGCUCUGCAGGAGCUGGAGAAGCUCGGCAACAUCAGGAUCCUUCUCGGGAACAACCCAUACGCCUGCACUUGCGAGAUCCACGAUCUCGUCACGUGGCUGAACAAAACAAGAGCUCAGGUGGACGUAGAUGCUGUGAGAUGCUCCUCACCGAGUCGGUUAAGCGACACCCAGCUGCGUGGGCUCAGCGUCCAGGCCAUCGGGUGUGUGGUUCCGGUCCUCACGGAGGUCACUGACCUCACCCUGCAGACCUCCUACGUCUUCCUGGGGCUGGUGCUCGGCUUCGUGGGCAUGGUCUUCCUCUUUGUGCUCUACCUGAACCGCAAGGGCAUGAAGAAGUGGAUCAAUGACAUGAGAGACGCGUGCCGGGACGUUCUGGAGGGGUACCACUACCGGUACGAGAUCGACUCGGACCCUCGGCUCGGCCACGUCGCAGCCGACAGCACCAGGGCUCAGAGGCAUUUAGCGCUGGCGCUGUCACAGCAGCUGCCAAGUGACACCUGCAUUGUUCAGGUUCCCACAGACACACAGGUCAAACAGGUGACCACCUCCCCGCCUGUAAACUUCUGAUCUUUCAGUAGAAUGUGAAUGUGAAUAGUUUACUAGAAGAGAUUUACACUUUCUUCUGUUUUUAGCUUCCUGUGCAGUUAGAGCCUUUAAAUUGCACCUUUGAAAGUGCCUUUGUGUUCUUGAGGCACUGGAGCAUUGUAUCUGUAAACUAGCAUUGUGUUUUUAUCAUGCAUUUUUAUAAGAACAUAAUUCAUAGGCUGCACUGGAACUUUGCUUUUUGGUUCUUUGUAUCACAACUUUGAAUAUUUUAACAUUCUAGAGAAGAUAAAUAACAUCGAUAGCAACGUGAAAAUAUUACCUCGUCGUAAGAAACUGUUUUAGAAUAGGCCUUUAUAAUAUUAUGUAUGCUUCAGGAAUAUAUAGAAAGAAAAAAAACUUUAAAUUUACUAGUCAUGUAUCUUUACCAGAUGUGAUCUGUAUGAUUAUAUUCAAAUGAGUAGAUACUGAAAACAGACUGAUAUGAAACCUACAUUAUUUAUAAGUAAAUAAAACGACUGCUGUAUUUAA